ACUUCAUUUGCUUUCAAAUAUUCCUUUCAGCAAUUUGGAGAUAAAAUUUUCCAUCCGUGAUCUCAUAGAUUCAGUGAUUCUUUCGAAGAGGGUCAAACGAAGAAAUCCUUUUUCUGUCCCGGGCUUGCAAUUGUCCAGAAUGAUCAAUUUGCUUAAGAAACCUUAUAAGAAAAAGGGCAGUAAGUUUCAGCCCUUCAAGAAGUUGUUUGGAAGGAGAAAAAAACGGGAGACAACGCCAGAUCGUGAGACCACCAAGUUGAAGGCAAGCAGUUCCUUCGGAAAUGUCUGUAACGGAGCGCUGUCUUCUGAUGAAGAGACCAACAGUGGCUUGAGGUCUCCCAGUUAUAGCAUGGGAACACGGGCCUUUUCCCAUGAGAGUAUUUUUAUGCCUGAUGGGCGAGCAGAGAGCGAAGAGUCGAUUCAAGCAAUGUCACAAGAUAAUCUCGUUGGCAAAGUCAAAACUCUUCAGCAACAGCUGGCCAAGAAUAUUAAAUUUGGCCAACCCUCACAAAUGACAGUAUCUGUGAAAACACCUGGGGAAGCUAGUGGAAGUUUGGAAGCAGAUGUGUUGCUGAAUAACCCCAUGGAGACUGUGAUGCCACCGGAUGUGGUCCUUCCAGAAAACCACCACAAAUCAGCUGUGAUGCCAGAUUCCUUAAGUCCCACAAGUCUGGGUGAAACAAGUCAAGACAGAGAUGAGAAGGUGACGCCUGUCAAAGUGUCAUCUCGGCCAAAACGACACCAUUCCCCUUCUGGAACCAUCGAAACCGUCAACCUUGAUGCUAUCCCAUUACCCACUUCUUGCCUGGACAACAGUGCAGCAAAGCACAAACUCUCAGUCAGGCCAAAGAAUCAGAGGGUUUCCAAAAAGCACAGAUUGUCAAAGGAGGUACAAAGUUUAAUAGAAACUGACUUUGGACAAGAUAUCCUAGAAUCGCAGGGCACUGAAGAUAAAGUGACAAAAGAUGAUAGCUAUUAUAGACCAGACAAGUUAACCCAGCAUGGAGAAGUCCACGAGCAGAAAACUGAAGGAAAACGAAAACAAGACCACUGGAUACAUCUUGAGGCAGGGAAGAAGGAACAAAUGGCUGAAACAAAAUUCAAAAGCCCUAUGGAACACAAAAGACUUCAAGAAUUUGAGGGAAGCCAAGGAGAACAAGUAGGGAAGAAACUGAAACUUCAGGAAGAACAACUUUACGAAAUGGAGGAGAAAAAAGAUCAAGAUCAUCAGGAAAAAGAGCUAAAAGAACGAGAAAGACAGGGAAGGAAUGGAGAAGGGCCUGAAAAAUUGCAGGCACAAAUCCCAAAAAAAUCUCAGGAUCUUGAGGAACAAAAACAAACGGACCAAGAACAGGCACAACAUGAACUAGAGGUACAAAGGCAGCAGGAACAGCGGAAACCCCGUGAAAUGGACACGCAAUGGCAGAAGGAGAAAAAGAAGAAGCAACAAGAAUUAGAGGCACAAAGGCAGCAGGAAGAACAAAAGAGACAUGAACUAGAACUACAAAGACAGCGGGAGGAAGAACAAAAGAGACAACGUGAACUAGAACUACAAAGACAGCAGGAGGUAGAACAAAAGAGACAACGUGAACUAGAACUACAUAGACAGCGGGAGGAAGAACAAAAGAGACAUGAACUAGAACUACAAAGACAGCGGGAGGAAGAACAAAAGAGACAUGAACUAGAACUACAAAGACAGCGGGAGGAAGAACAAAAGAGACAACGUGAACUAGUACUACAAAGACAGCGGGAGGAAGAACAAAAGAGACAACGUGAACUAGAACUACAAAGAGAGCGGGAGGAAGAACAAAAGAGACAUGAACUAGAACUACAAAGACAGCGGGAGGAAGAACAAAAGAGACAUGAACUAGAACUACAAAGACAGCGGGAGGUAGAACAAAAGAGACAACGUGAACUAGAACUACAAAAACAGCGGGAGGAAGAACAAAAGAGACAACGUGAACUAGAACAACAGAAGCAGCGGGAGGAAGAACAAAAGAGACAGCGUGAACUAGAACUACAGAGACAACGGGAGGAAGAACAAAAGAGACAACGUGAAUUAGAGAUACAAAGACAGAGGGAGGAGGAAGCAAAGAGACAAGGUGAACUGGAGAUCCAAAGACAACGGCAGGAAGAACAGAAGUGGCGUGGACAGGAGACACAAAGGCAACAGGAGGAAAAGAAGAAACAAUAUGAACAAGAAGAACAAAAGCAUAAAGAUUGUACGAUACAGAAAGAGCAGAAAGUCAAAGAUCCAAAAGAAGAAAAGAGACAUCAAGAAACAGAACUUAAUGACAAUUUGAUCCAGCAGGGAUGGAAGGAGAAAAAGGAAGAACCAGAAAAGCAAAAGGCUCAGGAAGAAAAAAUAAGCCAUCCGUAUUUGGAAAAGCAGAAGAUGAAAGAACUUAAAACAGUUCAAACUGAAAAGCUGUCUGAACUGAACCAACAGCUACUUCCGGAGCAAAAAAGAGAAAUAGGACAGAAAAAGAAAGAACAAGAAAACAGCAAAAACUUAGACGAUAGAAACAAACUGCAAGAGAAGGCUAUGAAACUGAAGGGACAAGAAGAGCAACAGCAAAAUCUGAAUGAAAAGCAAUUUAGUACAAAUGAACAAAAGCAGCAAAAAUCUGCAAAAUCGGUUGGAUCAACAGAACAUAGUAAAAUAGCGCCAGCAGAAACAGGGCAUUUGCGGGCUGAAGAGGAGGUGCAGCAGGAGGAGUUUACACAACGGACAGAGAGCGAACAAUUGGAAAGACACAAAAUCCUCUCUUUAGAAGAUCAGCAGUCACUAGAAAAGCCAAAAGAAGAGAAGAAAUCCCACCAGCUACACAUGAAAAAACAUCAAGAAGAUGAACAUUUGGAAACCGUUGAGAAAGAGCUACUAUGUAAAGAAGAACCAAGGCAGCAACAGAGAACUCAGCCAGGCAAAGAGCAGAAGGAAGAAGGAAGUCUAAGAGUUCAUCAGGCGAUGAACGUUGAAGUUGAGGAGCAGGGAAGAGUUCUUGGUGAAGAAUUACGUUGGCAGGAAGUUGACGCCCGGCAAACAAUGUCCAGGGGCUUCACCUUUCAAGUGUCUUCUGGAGAAAAAGAAAUUAUAUUUCCCAAAGUGAAUUUAAGUCCAGUUACACCUAUGAAAGAGGCUCCACUUCCUUCUGCCACAAAAGAAUUUAAGGACCCUAACUCUAGUAGAGGGUCUAGUAGUCUUCCAACUUCUUCAUGUGUUCCCCAUACAGCAAUCUUGGUCACUGGAGCACAACUUUGUGGCACUGCAGUAAACCUCAACCAGAUAAAAGAUACAGCCUGCAAAUCUUUACUUGGUUUAACAGAAGAAAAGAAAGCGAUGGAGGCAGCUCAGACCGAAAGCAUCCAGAAACCUGUUGACGGCAGGCCGAACAGCACUAAAGCGAAACAUAUUCAAGAUGCAGUGGACAACCAAGCCAUCCUGGAUGAAUGGGCUUCAAUUCGUUCAAAAAUCUUAAAAGGGGCCGAAAACGAUAAAUUCAACGAGAAAGAUAGUGGAAGUCAUAAUAGGCAUAGUGAUGAUUGGACAGCAAAAGGUCAAAGUACUUCCCAUGGUAACUUACGAAAGACUUUGUCCGCAAACGCAAAGUUUUCUAUAACUCCCGCAUGGCAGAAGUUCUCAGAAAUAUCCAAAACUGCUGCAGAGAAUAAAAUUGUUCCUGAAGCAGAAAAUGCAGCAGUGCAGCCGAGUCCGUCCACUCUGCAUUCAGACAAUGAGGCAGUCCAAACAGAGUCCCCGGUUGGUACAAAGAACGUAGGAACGUCCCCUGGGAAAAUCAGAGGGCGACAGGAAGUAGCAGGGAAUACUGAAGGUUGUAAGUUUGCCAAAGAUCUCCCAUCUUUUCUCGUUCCAAGCCUCCCAUAUUCUCCAAAUAAAGAACUCUCCCCAUCCGUUGAAACUUCCUCAGCAGCGGAAACCCAACACAACAUUGGUUCAAAAAAAUUGGACCGACCUUCACCAGGUGGAGAAGAAAAUGUCUCCCCAUUUGGAGUGAAAUUAAGGAGGACCAAUUACUCCUUGCGUUUUCACUACGACCAGCAAGCCGAGCAGAAGAAGAAGAAAAGAUACAGUGCAGGAGAUAGCUUCGAUGGUUUGCCAACUCCGCUUACCCCAGACAAUGAACAAGAUGCAAAACCUUUAUUCUUAAAAGAUAGCAAAUCUCUGAGUCAAGACAAGAAAGAUGCAAGGCUUAAUUCUGAUAAUGCCACGUUAACUAUUAUUAGUCGCAAUUACACCAUAGUUGCACCUGUAUCUUCUCCUACUGGUCCUAUGUCUGCGCCUAGUCAAGAAAAAUCUGCUUCUAAAUCACCCCUGCCACCAAAACCUGCACUGGCUCCGAAGCCCAUCAGCCAAACACCGCCGACAUCUCCUCUCACAAAACCCCGUAGAUCUCACUUCACCGAACCCAUCGGGAAAAGGGUAUCGAAAGUGGAACCUGACACCAGCUGGAGAAAAAGCGAAGGUAAAGGGAGUCCUCACCCCUCCCAAGAGCCCAGUGAAAGCAAGAAUGAGGAGGAAGAAUCUAGAGAGAAGAAAUCGUUUUUUCCAUCCAUCACCAUGCCCUGGAGAGAGAAAGCGGAAAAAAAGCCAGAACCAUUGAAAAAAGAAAGGCCAGUUCUUCAGAGCAGGCAUUCCAUCGAUGGUUCGAAAGUGAUGGAGAAAGGGGAAACCGCCCAACCUCUCUGGAUCACUUUGGCGUUGCAAAAACAGAAGGGCUUUCGGGAGCAGCAAGCAACCCGCGAGGAAAGGAGGCAAGCCAGAGAAGCCAAGCAGGCUGAGAAAUUGGCGAAAGAAAAUGCCAGCGUGAACAACCAGGCAGAUAAUAAAAGCAAUAAUGUGAGCAGGUCAAACAUACUGCAAAAGUCCACUGGCCCAGAAGAGGAGAAAAAAAUGGAGACAGCUACAUCAAGAUUUGAACGCAGAGAACAGUUCAAAAAAUCGAAUACCUUGCCUUCGUCCGUCACAGUGGAGAUCACCGAUUCCCUUUCGUCGUCGCCUUUGGCUAAAGAAGUCACCAAGAGAUUCUCUACGCCGGAUGCUAACCCCGUCUCAACCGAACCUGCUUGGUUAGCCUUAGCCAAGAGAAAAGCAAAAGCUUGGAGCGACUGUCCUCAGAUCAUCAAAUCUGAUUCAAGAUUAUGGAAUUGGUUUAACGAGGGAAACUGAAUUGGGACUGCCAAAUUCCAGCCAGCUGGACAGCAACAAAGAUAAAGAAUCCUCCUAAAUCUUUGCUAUUUUAUAAGACUUGCAGCUGAGCUACGAAAGCCUUUGAUUUGAAAAGCUAAUCGUAAGGAAAAUGUGAUCUCUUUGCCCCUGAGUAUUGCUGCCCUUUAAAACGGGUAUUCCUAAAUUAUCAGUCAGUUAUAUUUUCUAGUUAGACAUGUAAAUAUGCAAAAAAUAGUGUUGUAUUGUACUAGACAUCAGAUUGUUGGGUAAAAAAAAAUGGUUGAAACAAAGUUUGAAUUCAGAAUUUCUAUUUCUCUUAAUUGUAACAUCAGUUUGGAAUGAAAACACUUUUAAGACAGAGAAGCGCAGUCUAUGAAAAUCACAGUCUCAUUCGAAAAUCCCACCUCAAAACAACAACAAAAACCAACCCCCACACUAUGCAUCUGGAAUCAGGAAAAAUACUAAUUCAUGGAACAGUGUAAACAUUACAAUUUUGGUCCAAGACAACCAAACCAAUGCAGUUACUGAAUAGGCAUCAAAGCACAGGAGAAAACAUUUGUUGUGUUUAUGGAGAAGCACAAAGAUGCUAAGUUUGAUAGCUGAGUAACUGUCCUAAAGAAAGUUAUUCUUGUAGCCAUUGUCACUUUGGUCUUUUAAAUGAAUUCAGGACCUACACCUUCUUCAAGACUCAUCUUAAACGAGAUCAGGAAAGCCUGUUAGAAAUACAACUUAAAGGAUGAAGUUAGGAUCUCCUAGUACCGCGAUGGCGAACCUAUGGCACGGGUACCACAGGUAUCACGCAGAGCCAUAUCUGUGGGCACACGAGCGUUGCCCUACUCAGCUCCGGCCAGCUAAUUUUCGGGCCUUCCGGGCCCACCUGAAGUCGGGAAAUGGGCUGUUUCCGGCCUCUGGAGGGCCUCCCGGGUAGGGGACGGAAGGCCGUUUUCGCCCUUCCCAGGCUCCAAGAAAGCCUCUGGAGUCUGGGAAGGGCAGAAAACAGGGCUACCGGGCCCACCAUGCCAUCACAUGCCAAAAGUGGGGGUAGCGCGGGGGGGUCAUGCAUGCAUGUGCGGGGGAUAGGGCGCAUUGAAUUAUGGGUAUGGGCACACGCAUGCGCGACCCCCCUGCAGGAUCCCCACUUUUGGCACGCGACAGCAAAAAGGUUAGCCCUCACUGUCCUAGUAACUCAGUAUAUAGAGCCAAGGUGGGGGUUUGAAGAAUGAAAAAUGACCUUUUUUCCAGAGGUGGGAUUCAGCCGGUUCGGAUUGUGGGUGGGCACGCCCGCCCACCGGGCCGCAAUCCUGUCCUACACCGCACGCACGCGGGAACAAUGCGUGCAAGCGAAUUGCCAUAUUGUUUGAUGUUGCACACAUGCGUGGACGGCACGCACUCACAUUUCCAGUGCUGGGCGAAUCCAGUUGCUACAGUAUAUGAAUCCCACCUCUUCUUUUUUGCCAUUCUCAUAAAAUGUGAAGAUUUCAUCCAGUGUAACGGUGAGUUAAUCCUUACUCACCCUUACAGCAGUUAAACGAUCUUCAGGGACAGUAAAUGACCUGAAUCAUCAGUUCAAAAACAGUUUGCCUUUCUUCUGGAUGUCAGGCUUUUGCUCACCCACAAUUUACUGCUUUCAUUAUCGUAGAUAAUGCAAUGUUUAAUUAGCUGACCCCCCCAGGAACAGCUUCUACUGAAUAUGUUACAAGCAACGUAUAGUUAGUAGAAAUGGAUGCAAAUUUAGAAAAGUUCUGUUGUGACUAAGAUUCACACAAUUCCCUACCCCGACGGUGGCCUAUAAUAUAUUUACAAGCAUUUUAAUGUGCAUAUACUUCUGUCAACAUGCUGUUGCAAAAAAAAAUAAAAAAAUAAAAUAAAAUAUGUGUACAACUCUCAAAUUUCCUCCAACUCAAUGAGACUUCUAGAUUGGGAGAACAGAGUUGGAGAAAAAAAGAGGACCGGGGAGGGGGAAAAAAUAUUGGUGAGGUGGACAGGGCAAAACGGAAAAAAAAGAAAGUAAUUUUGCGGGGAAAGUGGGUGUCAUUUGCAUGAGAAAAUAAGGGAAACAGAAAAUCCCAAAAUAAAUCUAGGGAGGGUUAAUGCAGAACUUAUAGUCUUGUAAAUAGUUCGAAAGCAGUCUUUUCAAGCAUGAGGAUUCACCGUGGAUUAAAACUAUAUUCAGUCCAGGAAAGCAGGACAAGAGUAAAGGGCCUUUCUCUGUUCUCCCAAUUUUACUCUGGUCUUUCAGGAUCAGCCACCAUCCCAACCUAUUUAUUCUCAAUACUUAUAGCCCUAAUCUUCAGCAUUAAAAGACUCCUGGACAGCGAUGGAGUAUCUAUUCCCUUUGCUCUACUUCACAGGUGAUGCGAGACAACAGGUGAAUUGCAUUCUCUGCUCGUACAGAGACAUUCCUGCAGGCCAAAUGGUUGGCUCUCCAUGCAAGAGUUUUGUAUUAACGUUAAUACAAUUUCUGCAUAUAGUGAUUGGAUCAAAGCUGGGCUAACGUAAAAUAUUUUCUUUGUAAGCACUUCCAGAAGCCUGUUUUAAACAUUGUCAUUUCAUAUAAGGUCAACUUGAACUUUUGCACUAAAUACCAAUGAAGUGUUACUUUGCUUAAGCUUUGUUGAAGCCUUUCUUAAUAAAACAAUAUAAGGAUGGAAUAACUUCCAACCCUUUAAAACUGAUCAAACCACUUUGCACAAUUGUGGUCUCAAUUUUAUUUUAUUUUAUUUUGGUAACAUACACUUGGUCCUUACCCAGAGACAGUUAAAUCAUAUCCAAGCCUUGUUGGCAUUAAUGGAAUUUAUAUCAGCAGUGACUGAAUUAUCCUAUACACUAACAGGUAUUGGGGGCGUAACUUUUUCUAGAUAAAGGCAAAAUAUCAUUUGAGGUUAUGAAUGAUUAGCCUCGGUUGUUCAUAAAGUGGUGUAUAAAAUUACAAACAUGUAUAAUUGUGGAUUUCGUUUUGUGUACUUUUUUAAUUUUUCAAAUGUUUUAAAGUGCAAUUGUUUCUUACACUAAUAUCAUUUUAAUUCCAAUUAAACUAUAAUAUGCUGAAAGUU